AUGCUCUUCUCGCGACUCCUUUGGCCGCUAUUUCUCGCGCUUCUGGUCUUCGAAACGGCUUUUUGUCAAGUCGACGAAAAGGUGUCUUCAGAGGACAGCGCGAGACAACAAAGACGGCAAAAACACCGCCGAAAACGGUUUCGAAAGCGACAACCCUUUCAGCCAAUGAACGGCCGUCCCGUCGGCGCUCAGCCAAUCACCGAAAUGGGCGCAAACGGCNCUCUUCAGUCGCCGCACACUUCCGGUCAGUCCUCGAGUCCUCUCUUCUCGAGCCUCUUCUCGAGUCUUCUCUCAAUCCCUUUCUCUUCAGACUCGGACUCAUCGGCGAUGACGUCAUCUCUAAACUCUUCCCCACUUCUCGCUCUCAACGCCAACGCCAACGCCUCCAUCCCGCCCACCAGAAGCACGCCCUCCGCAGCACCCGACGUGACGUCACGACCGGUGGUGACGGACGACGACGAGGACGACGAGAAGCGCCGCCAACUGCGCGACAAAGACGCGAAGAGAACCGGAAAUCGGGGUGGCAGUGGAGCGCCGGCUGAGAGAACACUCGUCUCUCCGGCCGACGACGCGAUGGACGACAACAACAGCUCUUCUGUCGUCUCCUUCUCUCCGAACUACUCGUUUGUGUUCGCCUUCGAGCGCGACUUCGACUACAGGCCGCGCGCGCAAUGGAUGACCGCUCACUGGCCGACGGCCUUCUACUGGAUCGCCGCCUAUUUGGUGGUCGUCUUCGGCGGCAGACAUCUCAUGGCGCGGAGAAAGCCGUUCCGCUUGCGGACAGCGCUGGCCGUGUGGAACGUGACGCUCGCGCUCUUCUCCAUCAUCGGCACAAUCAGAACGCUUCCCGAACUGAUUCACGUGAUCCGGGAGUUCGGGUUCGCGCACUCCGUCUGCCACAACUCCUUCCACACGGAGGUUCGCGUCUCGUCCUUCUGGUCGUGGCUCUUCAUCCUCUCAAAAGCGCCCGAAUUGGGAGACACGGUAUUCGUGGUUCUCCGCAAACAGCCCCUCCUCUUCCUCCACUGGUACCAUCACGUGACUGUCCUCCUGUUCACGUGGUACUCGUACGCCGAUGAGGCCUCUGCCGGGCGCUGGUAUAUAGACAUGAAUUACGUCGUCCACGCCUACAUGUACUCGUACUACGCCGUGCGCGCGCUCGGCUACCGACCCCCGCGGCCCAUCGCCAUGUCCAUCACGACUGCGCAGAUCGCGCAGAUGGUGUUCGGGACGUUCGUCACGGCGUACGCGCUUUGGGCCAAACUCUCGGAAGACGACAAGAAGUGUCGCAUUUCGCUGUCGACUGUCGUCGCGGGUCUCGUGAUGUACUUCUCGUACUUUCUUCUCUUCGCGCACUUCUUUCUCAACGCUUACGUCCGGAAACGGAAACAAAAGACUCUUUGAUUUGUUUGUUAUGUUUUUAUUGACAAUAAAUAUCGCGCUCUCAUUGGGGAAUGAUUUCAAUGGAGGCGUGGCUUAACUCCGACUGAAUUAAUUCAUUCAAAAA